AUGUGCGAAAGAUCUAUGAAUCUAUCCAUUAAUGGCCAGUCUCAAGUUCCUCCUGGAUUCAGGUUUCAUCCAACAGAAGAGGAGCUUCUUCACUACUAUCUUAGAAAGAAAGUGAACUAUGAAAAGAUAGAUUUUGAUGUUAUUCGUGAAGUUGAUCUUAAUAAGCAAGAGCCUUGGGACAUUCAAGAGAAAUGCAAGAUAGGGUCAACCCCACAGAAUGACUGGUACUUCUUUAGUCACAAGGACAAGAAGUAUCCGACGGGGACUAGGACUAAUCGUGCAACGGCGGCCGGAUUUUGGAAGGCGACCGGCCGGGAUAAGAUCAUCUACAGUGGAUUCAGAAGGAUUGGAUUGAGGAAGACUUUGGUUUUCUACAAAGGAAGAGCUCCACGUGGUCAGAAUUCCGAUUGGAUUAUGCAUGAAUAUAGGCUCGAUGAAAGCGUCAAUGAAACCACCACAGCUAUGAAUUCGAUCGGAGAAUCGACGCCGGAAGAAGGGUGGGUGGUUUGUCGAGUGUUUCGAAAGAAGAACUAUCAGAAAACAGUACUAGAUGGGACUCCAAAAGGUUCAUCCAACUCCAUGGAUUCAAAGGCCCAAGAAAUGAAGCUAAGUUCAAGCAAUGAUGAAGUUCUUGAUCAAAUACUUAUCUACAUGGAUAGAACUUGCAAGAUUGAAAAUGAAUCGCUCAACGCCAUGACCAAUAUGAUCCCCAACACCACCUCCACCACUAGAUUUGGCAUCAGUGAUGAUCAUCCUCCUCCUCCUCCUCCUCCUCCUCCUCAUCAUCAUCAUCAGGGAUUCAAUGAAAGAUUCAUGCAUCUCCCACGACUUGAAAGUCCUAUUACUUUUCCAUCAAUUCCCAUCAACUCCGACCAAGAACGCGUUUCCCGCUCUUGUUACCAACCGUUUGACGAAAUCCUCAGUGAAAGCAACCAACCAUCCCCCACCAAUGGAUUAACAACCAAACCAGGGCUUCUUCAUGAUUGGGUCGCGCUAGACCGCUUAGUGGCUUCGCACCUUAAUGGACAAGUAGAAAAUGGGAGUUUCUCUCUUUGUCCUGAUGAAGAUAACUUACAUUCAGACAGGUCAGUCUAUAACAACACCGAGAAUGAUCUAUGGAGUUUCACCAAGUCAUCAUCAUCCAUAUAUCCUCCAUCAUCAUCAGACCCAUUAUGCCACUUGUCAGUAUAAGCGAAAGGGUAAAGAUGUACUAAGUCUUAACUCGGAUUGCAAAGACAAAAGAAGAGAAUCCUAGCCUCACAUAUAUAUAGUAAGUAUUUUAAUGAUAUAGUGAUGGUGAUAUAUAUAAUGGAGGUAAGGUACGUGGCAGUUAUUGUCAAUCAAAAUAACGAUGUCGUCCAUUCAUGAUUCACGAUUGUUGUGUCAAAAGAAUAUUAGCUAGUUUUGGGUGCUCU